CAUGAUUAUCUUCCUAUUGAAGGAUGAUCUCCACGGAGAUGACCGUGUUUUGUAUACAAAAGAUCAUGAUAUACAAUGGAAAUAUAUUUCUUCACUAAACCUAUCUAUUUAUAGUGCUUUUUAUGAUAAUAGAACGUCAUUGGGUACAUGGCCAUCUAUUAAGAUCAUUGUAAUGGCUAAAGCCAAAGAGAUUAAUAAAUUGCCACCUUUCUGUCACAUUCACUUUACUCUUGGUAGAAAUUUAACAGUUCAAUCAAUUCCAAUGGAAUUGAGUACUACCCAAAAUUAUUUUGACAGAGGAUUCUAUAAAAGUUAUAUUAUAAAUUGCCCUAUUGGAAGCUAUAAAAUACCUGUAAAUGUUGGCCUAUCAACAGCAGUUGACAUCAAACCGAACUAUUAUCAGAAAAUAUUAUUACCUGAAAGCCCUGAUAUCAAACAAGUAGACACUGAUGACGAUAAUUGA